GCCGUGCAGCAGGGACACUGCUCAGACACACACAGGAUCCAGAGACAGACACACUUGUGGACAGAGCCGCAACGUUACAGAGAGUUAAAAGGAAUAACCCUUAUAGAUCAAGAUGGCAGACAAAAUCAAGGACGCCAAGAUCAUCUUCGUUGUAGGUGGGCCUGGCUCUGGUAAGGGCACCCAGUGUGAGAAGGUGGUGGCCAAGUAUGGCUACACCCACCUGUCUUCUGGGGACCUGCUGCGUGCUGAGGUAGCAUCCGGCUCCGAGAGGGGCAAGACCCUCCAGGCCAUCAUGCAGAAGGGAGAGCUCGUACCCCUGGACACAGUCUUGGACAUGAUCAAGGACGCCAUGAUUGCUAAGGCCGACGUGUCCAAGGGCUUCCUCAUCGACGGCUAUCCCCGUGAGGUCAAGCAAGGCGAGGAGUUCGAGAAGAAAAUCGGAGCCCCCUGCCUGCUGCUGUACAUUGACGCCAAGGGUGAGACCAUGGUCAAGAGGCUGAUGAAGCGCGGUGAGACCAGCGGUCGCGCUGACGACAACGAGGAGACCAUCAAAAAGCGCUUAGACCUGUACUACAAAGCCACUGAGCCAGUCAUCGCCUUCUACUCCAGCCGCGGCAUUGUCAGGAAGAUUGACUCUGAGCUGCCCGUGGAUGAAGUCUUUGGACACGUUGCCAAAGCUAUCGAUGACCUGAAGUAAAACGCAAACAUGACUGG